UGGUGUUCGCAGGUGCCGAUGGUCCUGUUGCGGUCUUUCUGUGUAAACUGUUAACUGAAUCUUGUAAUUCCAAGUGAAUCCCAUUUUAUCGGAUGCUGAAGUGACUGUGUCCGCAACAUGCCGCGCCCUUCUCGCGAGAGCUACGGCGACCAGAAGCCGCCCUACUCGUACAUCUCGCUGACGGCCAUGGCCAUCUGGAACAGCCACGAGAAGAUGUCGACGCUGUCGGAGAUCUACAAGUUCAUCAUGGACAACUUCCCCUACUACCGCAAGAACACGCAGCGCUGGCAGAACUCCCUCCGCCACAACCUCUCCUUCAACGACUGCUUCAUCAAGAUCCCGCGGCGCCCCGACCGCCCCGGCAAGGGCGCCUACUGGACCCUCCACCCGUCCGCCAUGAACAUGUUCGAGAACGGCAGCUUCCUCCGCCGCAGGAAGCGCUUCAAGAUCCCCAAGCCCGAGAAGGAGGCGCUGGAGGCCGGCCUGGCGCAGAUCAACAACCCGCUGCGCUGCCUGGAGGCCUCGCGGUGCUCCGGCGAGACGCUCCUGGGCGGCGGCGCGGGCGUCGGGCCGCCCCUCAGCCAGCCGUCUAAGACGUCCUUCUCCGUCGAGAGUCUGGCGGCGUCCGAUGCCAAGCUGCCGCAGCCGCUGCCGCCCAUGCCGCCCGCCUCCUUACCCCUUGGCUUCCUGCCGCCGCCCCUGCCCCACACCUCCCUCGCCCCCGCCCGCUGCCGUACCCGCCGCCGCCCUCCGAUGCCCUGGCACUCUCGCCCGCCCACCCGCCGCCACUUGCCCACCUCACAGUACUCGCCGUACGCGCCCCUGCCGCCCAUGCUGGCCCAUCCGCCGCCCCUCACGCCCUCUCUGCACCACCUGUACGCGGCCGCGGCCAUGGCAGCCUCGCUCGCGCCCGGGGCAGGCGCGCAGCCUCUCGUGCGCCCGUCCGCCAUGCCCAUGCCCCAUCUGGCGCUCGCCUCGCUCUCCGUCCUGGGCCCCCUCACGUCGUCGCUGCCGCUGCGGCCGCAGGCGCUGGCGCCGCGCACCUCCAUCGCGCCCAUCUCCGGCGGCAUGGCCUCCACGGCGUCCGACUACUCGGUGUCGCGGCUGCUUGGCACGUCGUCGCCGCCGCGCUCGCCGCCGACGUCCGCGGCGCCGCUCGCCUUCAGCCCCGAGCACCUGCGCUGCCUCGCCGCCGACGACGACGACGACGACGAGCCGAUCCACGUGGAGGACACCGACGAGGCUCUGAUGCGCUCGAGGCCACGAGGCUGCUCCCGGCGCCGCCCCGACAGGGACAAGCUCCCGCAGAAGGGCGAGGUGGCCUCGGCAGCGCGCGAAACCUCCAGGGACACCGAUCCGGCGCCCGCGCAGGUGCCCUCGGAGGACCUGCUGCUGCGGACGUCCCCCUCCGUCAGGUCUAUCUGACGGUGACAGUGUACCUCUGACCCAAACCAUCCCGACCGCCACGCCCUCGUCACGCCCGCGCUGCGCCCACUCCACGCAUGAGCUCUAGUCAUGAGUCUCAAGACUUCUGUUUCAGCAUCGAAUUCCCUUCGCGCUCCGCCCGCGAGAGCCUCCGGGAGAGAGGACUCCUUCAGGUAAACGCAGCUGUGAUGCGCUUUGUUCCCUUCUGCUGUGCUCUCUGUCCGAAAUCUUUGGGAAAGAGAAAUAGAGAGAGAGAAAGAAAAAUUCAUUCUCCUCUUCCCAUUGUAUUCCAAUGUGCCAACCAGCGUUCAGUGUACAUAGUGAAAUAUUUAAAAAAAUGUGGCUGACUUAUUAUAAUCAGACAUUUAUGAAAGAGAAAAAACCCUUUACGCAAAAUGAACCAGAUUUCGCGAACUUUUCCAUAUAUCUCAGUGUGAAGAGAAAGUCAGCGAGUGACAUCGAGUGGAAAAAUAGAUAUUUGUACGAAAUAUGU